AUGGCGAACCAGACUCCUGCCGUUGUCAUGGACAACGGCACGGGCUUUUCCAAGCUUGGCUUUGCUGGAAAUGACUCCCCGUCCUUCGUCUUCCCGACCGCCAUUGCGACCAAAGGUCCCGCUGCUGGAGGCGGCGGCUCCGGCUCUGGUCGCCCGGCCGUCGUCAACAAACCCUCGUUCCUCACCGGAGGCACUGGACCUGCCAGUAGCCACUUGAGCUCCAAGCGUGGCACCGAGGAUCUCGACUUCUUCAUUGGCGACGAGGCAAUCAGCGCUGCUUCCGGGCCUGGCUAUGGCAUUCAUUAUCCCAUUCGCCAUGGACAGAUUGAGAACUGGGACCACAUGGAACGCUUUUGGUCUAACUCCAUCUUCAAAUAUUUGCGCGUUGAGCCCGAGGACCACUACUUCCUCCUCACCGAGCCUCCGCUGAAUCCCCCAGAGAACCGAGAGAAUACUGCCGAAAUCUUCUUCGAGUCGUUCAACUGCGCCGGCAUGUACAUUGCCGUUCAGGCCGUCCUCGCUCUUGCCGCCUCGUGGACUUCGUCAAAGGUCACCGAUCGAUCGCUUACCGGUACUGUCAUCGACUCCGGUGAUGGUGUCACUCACGUCAUCCCCGUCGCUGAAGGAUACGUUAUCGGCUCAUCGAUCAAGUCGAUUCCUAUUGCCGGACGAGACAUUACCUACUUCGUGCAGUCGCUACUGCGAGACCGUGGUGAAGCCGAUUCGUCUCUCAAGACCGCUCAGGAGAUCAAAGAGUCGCACUGCUAUGUCUGCCCCGAUAUCGUCAAGGAGUUUGCCAAGUACGACCGCGAUCGUAGCCGCUUCCUGAAGCACACCGUGUCGCUGCCUGGCGGUCGCGAAGUUGGCGUUGAUGUUGGCUACGAGCGCUUCCUGGCUCCUGAAAUCUUCUUCAACCCCGAAAUUUAUAGCUCCGACUUCCUCACCCCCCUCCCCGUGGUUGUCGAUGGCGUCAUUCAACAGUCGCCAAUCGACGUGCGUCGUGGCCUGUACAAGAACAUUGUCUUGUCCGGUGGUAGCACCCUGUAUAAGGAUUUUGGAAGACGCUUACAAAGAGACAUCAAGCUCCUGGUGGACGACCGCAUUCGUGCCAGUGAGCUCCGUAGCGGUGGUGCUCGCAGUGGCGGCCUCGAUGUGCAGGUCAUCACCCACAAGCGUCAACGCCACGGUCCCUGGUUUGGAGGCAGUCUGCUUGGUCAAACACCCGAGUUCCGCUCAUACUGUCACACGAAAGCCGAAUACCAAGAAUACGGGCCGAGCAUCGUGCGCAGAUUCCAGCUGCUUGGUGGCCCCGGUGGUUCCUAG